AUGAAUCUUGAGUUACACCGCAAAGAAAAACGUAUCGGAGUAGCAUGUGAGGAGUGUCGAAAGAGAAAACGAAAGUGUGAUGGCCUACGCCCAUCAUGCACUCUCUGUAAUGUAUCUCAGAAGGAUUGUCAAUAUGCAGGAACUGUUGAAACACGCAAACGCAAGCAAUGGGAUGCAGAGUACGUGGCUGUUUUGGAAGAGCAGAACUCUACACUUCGUGCACAGGUGGCACAGCUGCAGGCAGGCCAAGCUUCAUGUUUAGUGUCGUCCGAAAAUCCUUCCAGUACUUUGUCGUUGGCGAACACGACGGAAGCUUCAAGCUUAUCAUCUCAUCGACCCAAUGUCUUGGAUGGGGAGCAAAGGAAUACGGCUCGUACAGAACUCCCGUUGUCUUCUUCGGCUAUUAAUGAUAUUGCCACACUAGUGUGGAGACUUGAUCUUGGUGACAAGGGAGAGCCGAUGUUCAGUGGACCAUCUGGUAAUUUCUGUAUUCCUUCCUCCGCCGAUGCAGUGGUUGCCAGAUCUGAAGCGCGUAAAAGGUCACAGGUUCUCAACAACAUGAUGCCCAUCCACGAUGCCUGUUACAAUCUGAGCUUGAAAAUGAAUCUCAUGAAUUUGUUUUUAACUCAGCUCAAUCCUGUGCAUCAAUUUAUUCCUUCUUCUUAUAAACUAUAUCCCGAACUCUAUCCUUUUGAUGAGCCGGCGCUGGAUCUUUUGUACGGGUCUGUUUUUGCGGCCGGAGCUCUUUUUUCGACGGUUCAGGAAGAGAGGAAUUCUGGGAAGGAAUUCGAAGAAUGUAUGGAUAUGAAUUCGGUCAAGGCUUGUCGUGAACAACCGUCUCUUCCGGUGGUUCAAGCACUAAGUAUCAUUGCAUGGAGGGAAUUGAGUCAGGAACAUGAUAGUUGUGCCUCUCUAUAUAUCUCUAUGGCCGGUGGUCUUGCUAUGGGUCUUGGUCUCCAUGCGAUUGGUCUAGGUGCUCUUUCCAAGUCUGACACUUCUAAAAGACUUUUGGAACAAGAGCAGGAAAAUCGACUCGGGACAUUCUGGUCAUUGUUCUUUAUCGAUCGAAUAGCCGCCACUAUGCUUGGCAUCAGUUGUGUGGUUCCAUGGCGUCGUGUGCAGGUACCGAUUCUACACUCUCUAUUGGGCGCAGAGGCCUCACAUGAUGAGCUUGCCUUCAGCUAUAAUUGUGGACUUUGGCAAUUGCACGACCAAUUCAUGGACCAAAUAUAUUCCUUCGAGUUUAAAGCCUUGGAGCUUCCCCAAAGAAGUCGUUUACUACUCUUGGCACGAGCAGAACUUCUAGCAUUUAAACGAGCCAUGCCAUCCUGGCUGCUAAUUCCCACCUCCACAGCCGCAUCUAUACCACCACGUUCCGCCCUCUUCCUCCAAAUGUCUUACCAAAUGUCUCUUCUAAUGAUUCAUCGCCCUUAUCUCGGCGAUCCACCUGCAAGUGACUCAUUUUCACUUGCCUUUGCGACGAUAUCAUCUGCUGCAACUCGCAUGACGCAAUAUAUCCACCUACUUCGUAAACACUAUCUAGCAGAAUCCACAUGCACACUCCCAUCUUUGGGCAAUAUUAAGCAGAGUAAACCUACCGCGGCACUUCCAUUCAUCGUUCAUCAUAUCCUCACAGCAUCUAUCAUGCAUCUUCUCUUCAGUACCUCGCGCACAUCAACUCAAAUAUCCCUCACGCGCCGCAGACUCCAGAUUUGCAUGGAGACUCUAACGGCUCUACAGGAUCAGUGGCCAGUGGCUAGCAAAGCGAUUGCACAGAUUCAAGAGUUGGCUGUGCAGUGGAAUGUCGUUGAUGCGGUUGCCGCUCAAGUGGAGCUUCGUUGGCGAGGUAUCCCAGCCAAACCCAGUAUCGACGCUGGCAAACUCGACAUAUGCUCUACAAUCAAUCUAUCAGAAAUAUUUGAUACUAAUACAAUCCCAACUCCAAAAGUUCUCGCCGAUAGUCGCGACGAUAUCUGUGAUCCUCACACCUUUCUUCAACACGCGGCUGACCCACUCCAAGAAUUUGAUCCAGAUGUCUGUACCGCAGCAUUCUCGGUAGAAGAUGGAGAUGAAUCGUGGAUGGGCCAACUUGAUUUCAUGCUGAACGACGAUGCCAACUCAAGUUCUUUGUGGAGAGAUUCUUCUCAGUUUCCUGGUAUUCUUAGUCCUGCUCGUGAUUUUGAUCUUGGAGGACAGGGUGGUUUUUGA